AUGGGUGGCGAUUUACCUUUAGAAAUUGAAGUCAAGAUUCCAACUGGAAAGACUUACAAACAACCAACUGGUUUGUUCAUCAACAAUGAAUUUGUUUACCCAAAACAAAAGAGAACUUUUGAGGUUAUCUCUCCUGUCAAUGAGGAAGUAGUAGCCAGUGUUUAUGAAGCUUUAGAAGAAGAUGUCGACGCUGCCGUUGAUGCUGCUACUGCUGCUUACCAAACAUGGUCUACCUGUGCUCCUGAAGUUAGAGCAGCAGUAUUGUACAAAGUUGCUGAAUUGGUUGACAAGAAUGCCGAAAUUUUGGCUGAAAUUGAAACUUUGGACAAUGGUAAAUCCAUUUCCAACGCCAAGGGUGAUGUUCAAUUGGUUGCCAACUACUUCAGAUCGUGUGCCGGGUGGUGUGACAAGAUUUUGGGUAGUGUCAUUAACACUGGUGGUACCCACUUUAACUACACCGAAAGAGUUCCAUUAAUUUGUGGUCAAAUUAUUCCAUGGAAUUUCCCUCUUUUGAUGUUGUCAUGGAAGUUGGGUCCAGUCUUGGCCAGUGGUUCAACAACUGUCUUGAAGACUGCUGAACAAACACCAUUGUCAGGUUUGUUUUUCGCCAAAUUGUUGGCUGAAGCUGGUUUGCCAAAAGGUGUUGUCAAUAUUAUCUCCGGUUUCGGUAAGACUGCUGGUGCUGCUAUUGCCAGCCACAUGAAGUUGGAUAAGGUUGCAUUUACUGGGUCUACUCUUGUUGGUAAGACAAUCAUGAAGGCUGCAGCUGAUUCUAACUUGAAGAAGGUUACCUUGGAAUUGGGAGGUAAGUCUCCAAAUAUCGUGUUUGACGAUGCUGAUGUUGACAAUACAAUCAAAAACAUUGUCGCUGGUAUUUUCUACAACUCUGGUGAGGUAUGUUGUGCUGGUUCACGUGUCUUGAUUCAAUCUGGAGUUUAUGACGAAGUUGUCAAGAAGUUGAAGGAAGCUGCAGAAUCAAUUCAAUGCGGUGAUCCAUUUGACCCAAAGACUUUUAUGGGAGCCCAAGUUUCCGAAGUUCAGUUGUCAAAGAUUUUACAAUAUAUUGAGUCAGGUAAGGAACAAGGCGCCAAGAUUAUCACUGGUGGUACCAGAGGGGAUGGAAAAGGUUACUUUGUCAAACCAACUAUCUUUGGCGAUGUUGCUGGUCACAUGAAGAUUGUCAAGGAGGAAAUUUUCGGUCCUGUUGUCACGUUGAUUAAGUUUGAUACUAUUGAUGAGGCAAUUGAAUUGGCCAACAAUACUGAAUAUGGGUUAGCCGCUGGUGUGCACUCGAGAGACGUUAACAAAUGUAUCUACGUCUCAAGCAAGAUCAAGGCUGGUACUAUCUGGGUUAACACUUAUAACGAUUUCCAUCCAAUGGUUCCAUUUGGUGGUUUCAGUGCUUCUGGUAUUGGUAGAGAAAUGGGUGAAGAAGUGUUCCACGAAUACACUCAAACUAAAGCAGUCAGAAUCAGAUUGAACACUAAGUUUUAA